UCGAGUCAACUCAAAUCAACGCGUGACGACGGAUGCAUCGGUAAACUGAAACCGCCGGACGGAUCUUUUGCCACUUGAAAAUAAAAGUAAUUUUGGCUUGUGAAACACUAUCGAACGUGCAGUUUCCAUCGUGCUAAUAACUGUUAGUUUCGUAUUAAAAGUGGAUUGUCGUGACACAGUUUUCUGAAGUUUAAUACAGUGACGAAAAACUCAAGUGAAAAACAGCAACAAAACGCUCCCUUCUCGCGCGAGGCUUAUCGAAUUCGGUUCGGAGUGAGUGUUGCUGUUUCUCCGCCCCUUCGCUCGCAGCGGAAGAGAAACAGCUGAGAGAACUGCUGCGUUCCAUCGCACAAAGUGGCCUCGUUUCGCGUUCCAUCCCAAUCCAACUUGUCCAACUCGGGGAGUCCGUCGCCGCGAGUGCUCAUUCGAUUCCGUCAGUGUGGCCCAUGACUUUCGGGAGCGUAAAUCCGUAGCAGAGUUUCUCGCCGUCUGCCUCGCGUGUGUCCUGAUGGUGCUCUUCUAGCUCUUGGGCCACCCUAGUGCUCCAGAGCAGCAGUGGCCAUCAGCCAGCGCUCGACUCCGGAGGAGUGUGAGAGAAAAAUUACAUAAAACACGACCGAACUCUGCUGUGAUGUGCUCUGCUGUGCUGUGGCUACUCGUGCUCGUUGUCGCGCCGUGGUCGUCACAUCAGUCGGAAAUUUGUGUGGCCCAUCAGCAUUAUUUUUGCGCUAGUCGAAGCUCAACCAACUGAUGGAAAAUAAGGAUAAAAAAGUGAUGCCGUCGCAGUAAGCCCUUUUUUCGGGUGAAGAACAACGGAAGAAAAGAAGUCUGGAAAACCGCAGAGCCUGCUGCUUUUGGUGCGCGAUCGAUAAGCAGAGUGUGUCGGCAGGCAAGGAUAGUGAGUGAGAUCCAGAAGAACCCUUCAGUGUUAGGAAUAUAGAUUUUCCCACACGUCGUUCGUCGGCCACCGCUGCUGUCGUGUGUCCAGAUCGUCGCACGGUAGACGUGUGAGUAGGUGGAGUAGGCGCCCAAGGACCUCACCACAGCUCCUCUAUUAGAACCCAAGUAGCCAGGAGCAGAAGAAGAAGCAGCAAAGGAAAAAUGUUGGACUCCUGAUACCCGAUUUUCAAACGCGCGGCCCCUUUCGCUCUCUUGUUGUUCUUGUUCUUGUUCUCGCCGUGUUGUUCCGCACCUGAAUCUCUGUGCCGUGCCGUUCCGUGCCGUGGUGUGUUGUGUGUGAAAAAGGGAGCAGCCAGCGCCGCCCCGCGAGACCUCGGUCAGAGAAAGAGCCCCAACAUAGCAGGCCGUGUGUAUGUGCGCGCUAGAAAGGAGCAGUGCUUUCGUGUCGAGAAGUGCCUACUUCGAUGCCCCUGUGAACUGAUGAUGUGAAGGAAUUUUUCCUAAGCACAGAAGAAAAAAUCCCUUUCCCGAUCCUGGUCAGCACAGUGUGAAGCUGCAAAUGCAGCUGACAGUCGCGUAAUCGUUUUUGUAUCCUAGGAAAAGGAAGGAAUCAUUCGUGGUAGACAAUAGAAGGGAGUGCAAGGCUCCGCAAGGAUAGCACAGGUUAAGCAGCACGGCACAGCAGGCAAGUGGGGGAGCAAAACCUUCUUCUCUUUGAGUGUGCGAGUGAAACCUCCAUCGAGUAAUACCCACGAAGAUACUAUUGAAACAGGCAUCCAAUUUUUUGAAGAUUAAAGAGUAAAUCCGCUGAAGAAGCGGAAGUGAGGAGGAACCAAAGAUAAUCUCCACGGGGCGGAAGAACUGAACUGCGGGAAAAGUGCGAGCUGCUAGCUAUAGUACCCCUUACAUUAGCAGGAGACAGAGUGUGCGAGCGAGAGAGGACGACGUCGUCGGUGUUUUCCUCACGUCACGUCAGAUUGCGUUAGUCGUCCUGCGGAAGGAUUCGCCUGCAUACCAAACCUAGUGGUGUAUAACUCUGACUGAGCUGCUCUGAGCACGAGAGAAACAGAGAGUAGUGGUUUCGAGUGUGAGUUUUUAAUUCUCGUCCUGACAGCCAGCCAGCAGCAUGCAGUGAGCUGGGAGUGAAAUCCGCUUCGGAUUUUCGGUGAAGAAAGCAAAGGCACACUUACUUGAAACGGGCAAGAAAGAAGGAAAAACCUGGUGGAAGGUUAGUUUUCGAGUGAGUGUUGGGAGGAAAAAAAUAAAUUUAGGUUUUUCCUCGAUUAAUCAGAAGCCUCAUUACGACGACCGCACACAAUCGAUCGAUCAUUGUGAAGUCAGAGAUAGUUCGAAGGACCUUGGUGUUUUUGAAUUCCUUCAGAGUUCAUUUGGUGCUGUGUAUAGAUAUUUUUUUCUCGUCCUAUUGAUAUAGUUCGGAUUAUGUUCGUUUUUGUGUAAGCUGCGGAUCAGCGAAAAAAUUUUGUCAUAAUACGAAACAAGCAAUACGGUCGACGACUGAGAAGAAGAGUAGUAGUGCAUUCCAAGGAAUCGAAUCGAAAACCGAGAUUGUCCGUGUGUUUCCUUCCAGUUUCUAUCUGGGGCGUUCCGAAAGAGUAGUGCCAGUGCCAGUCGUAAAACAACAAUCAACGCAAAUUUGCAGAGGAAUCACUCCGUAAUUGAGGAGAAAAGUGUAUUUACCUGACGAGUGUGAAUCACUUGAAUCAAGUGUGUAAAUUUGCCUUCUUGAAGUUAUAGCAAAGAUUGAUAGAAAUAAAUAAAAAAAGGUGCAAACACCUGGUGGUUAUAAGAAGAAUAAACAAGCAGAGCCCCGCGACCAUUGAGUGAGUGCAAAAAAUUUGAGUGAAUCGGUGCAGAAACAGUUCGUCACGACGUCGACCAACAGCAGUAGCAAGGUACCACCGACGACAGCAGCAGGAGGAGGGGCAGGAUCGGCAGCAGCAGGACCAUCUGCAGCAUCUGCCUCAGCAGCAUCAGCAGGGGGAGAAGGGGGAGGACGUCGUCGUCGUUCCCGCAGUCAGGUACCAACGACCAAUAGUAGUAGCGUCGGAGGAGGGGUCGGCGGAGGAGGCGGAGGCGGUAGUGCCAGUGCCAGCAGCCGGCGAAGCAGCAAAACGGAUUACCACCAAUCGUCCAAUCGGCGGAGAAGUCCUCCUUCUUCGGUCACUGACGAUUCUUCCUCCUCGCUACUGCUGUCGGUGUCGGUCGGGGGUCGCACGGCGGGGGGCACGGCAGGCGCCAUUGAACGGGAGCGUGAAAGCGGAGGCGGAGGCGGCGGAGGUUCGGCCACCAGUCAUCAGCACCAUCCACAUCCGCCGGACUCGUAUGAGAAGAGUCACAACAUGGCUUCGUCCAAUCACCGUGGCAUACAGAUUGGCUCGGCUUGGUUCCAGCGGAAAAUCAAUCUGCGACCGCAGCACCGGGGCGUCCAUCUGGUGACCGAGGAGAUCCUGCGACAGAUGCCCGAGCUAGGGCAGUUUUCGGUCGGGCUGUGCCACGUUCAAAUUCUACACACAUCGGCCAGUUUAGCGUUAAAUGAAAGUUGGGAUCCAGACGUACGGGACGACAUGGAAAUGAUGCUAAAUAAAAUUGUGCCGGAAGGACUACCGUACCGACAUUCCUGCGAAGGUCCCGACGACAUGCCCGCCCACGUGAAAGCGUGCUUUCUCGGCAGCUCACUGACAAUCCCGAUCACCGAUGGUAAACUGUCGCUCGGCACGUGGCAGGGCGUGUGGCUGUGCGAACACCGGGAUCACGCCGGGUCGCGCAAGCUGGUGAUAACGCUGUCUGGCUGCCCUCGGGACUCCGCCCGGAGUCCACUCUCGCCGGUAUCGCCAAUUGCGUCCACCUCCAGUUAGGGACGGCCACGCUCUGCUCGCGAUAGUCGGUAAUCGUGGGUUAGAGCGGUGCUCUGCUGUAAGUUUCAUACUAAUAAGGGUCAUAACACUAUUCGGGGUAAACUCUAAGAGGACGGUUAGAGAGAAGAAUUACCUAUACAUUAAUUACGUUAAUUAUAAAGUGAUGGCAGAGAAGCAGAAGUUAUUAAUGAGAAAGUGUACCAUUGGACGCAGAUUUUAAUAAAUCAAUAAUGAAGCAAAACGAAUACGGAGCAAGUCUAGGUAAGACAGAAAACUUACUAAUAAAUCUAACGAGUAACUUAGAUACACGAGAAAAGAAGCGAAAGAAACAUCAAAAAGAAUAUUUAAUUUACAAUUUAUAUGAGGUAAUAGACACUUAGAUAUAACAAAAAAAAUAGAAAUCGCUAAACAAAUUUCAUAUGAAAAAAAAAAAACGCAAUGAUAAUAGCAUUUAAGAUGUCUACUUGAAGGUUAAAAAUUGUGAGGGAAACUCGAAAAAGAAAUAAUUUUUACCAGCAGAAAUAGGAGCAAAGAUUGUUAGAUUUUUAUUUUUAUGAGUUUUAUUCAAAACAGGAAUCGUAACACGCAGACAACUAGUAGAACUAAUGAAUAGCUAAAAUACCAAACCAGGUUAGAUGUAGAAAGGUAAAGUUCAUUUUCUCCAUAAUGUUUUGUAUUGUUUUUUUUUUAAUCUGUUUGUUUGGGUCCGAUGAAAUUACAAACAAAAAGGAUUCGAAUAGGCUGAACCAACGCGAACACACAAGCACAAACGUAAACGGAAAAUGAACCGUAUUCUAUAGAUAAAAUAGAAACCAAACCAAACAACUAUUUUACACGACAAAACACAUCAUGCAUAGAAGAUCUUCAUCAUUCAGUAAACCGGUUGCUCGCCAUACCUAAAGUAAAUGACACAGUCAUUGAAGGGAAAAUAGCUUUUAAUACUAGAUCAGUUUUGUACCUCUACAAUUAUUCCACAUCCACGUUCCUCAUUAUUAUUAUUGGUUAGUUAAAUGCUUUCGUUGAUUAAGUUUUCUGCUUCGUCAAUCAUGGGUAACGCUUCUGUUUUCUCCAUCACUUGGGGGAGUAUAUUAAUAGGUACCCCAAUCAUAAUUAGUUAUACACACUUGUUUCGUUGUUACUCGCUUUUUAACCAUCUCUCUGGUGUGUAGUGUUUUGACGGAGUGCCGUAAGUUGUUGGCAGAGAGUCCCCCUCUUAACCCACUUUUAUAGAUUUUGUUUGCAAUAGAUAAGUGAUAAUCGCCGCGAGUGAUAUCGAUUGUUUAGAAAGCUAGCAGAAUAGUUUUAAGUUUAAAAGAUAUCAUACGAUCGUUAAAUAAAUGCGAAUUGCAAUUUUGGUUACGAUUAGCUAA